CGGUGUCCACAGUGCUGCUAUGGGCCCAGGCCCAGCAGUCCGCGUCCCGUGCUCGCUGCGCUGGUGUGUACACAUGGGUCUGGUCUGUUCCAAAAGUGAUCACCGCCUCCUCCGUCCACCCAUGUCACCGCUUUCCCCCGGUCUCGGGCCCUUGGUCGCAGCGGCCCAAGGGCGGUGGGUGGAGUUUGCUGCGCCGCAGGGGCGGCGGCCACCGCUCGUGGGUUCUCCGGCGGCUCUGGGCGGGGCCGUGGGGAGGGCGCGGAGGGACCGAGACCCCGCGGAGAUGGGGGGUGUGGCUGCUCCGGCCGGGUCCCGCGGGUGGGAGAAGGGCUCCGUGACCACCGGUGGCCCGAGCCCCUCCACCUUCCGAUAGAGAUGGUCUUCCUCUCGUUUCAUGCAGGCUCCUGGGAAAGCUGGUGCUGCUGCUUUCUGAUUCCAGCCCACAGACCUUGGGACCGGGACGGGCUCUGGCGGCUGGAGAUGGCAGACACUCGAUCCGUGCAUGAAACUAGGUUUGAGGCGGCGGUGAAGGUGAUCCAGAGUUUGCCAAAAAAUGGUUCAUUCCAGCCAACAAAUGAAAUGAUGCUCAAGUUCUAUAGCUUCUAUAAGCAGGCAACUGAAGGCCCCUGUAAACUUUCAAGACCUGGAUUCUGGGAUCCUAUUGGAAGAUAUAAAUGGGAUGCUUGGAGUUCAUUGGGUGAUAUGACCAAAGAGGAAGCCAUGAUUGCAUAUGUUGAAGAAAUGAAAAAGAUUCUUGAAACAAUGCCAAUGACUGAGAAAGUUGAAGAAUUGCUACAUGUCAUAGGUCCAUUUUAUGAAAUUGUGGAGGAUAAAAAGAGUGGCAGAAGUUCUGAUUUAACUUCAGUCCGACUGGAGAAAAUCUCUAAAUACUUAGAAGAUCUUGGUAAUGUUCUAACUUCUCCUCCAAAUGCCAAAACUGUUAAUGGUAAAGCUGAAAGCAGUGAUAGUGGAGCUGAGUCUGAGGAAGAGGAGGCCCAAGAAGAAGUAAAAGGAGCAGAACAAAGUGAUAAUGAUAAGAAAAUGAUGAAGAAAUCCACAGAGCAUAAGAAUUUAGAAAUCAUUGUCACUAAUGGCUACGAUAAAGACAGCUUUGUUCAGAAUGUACAGAAUGAUAUCGAUGCCAGUUCUUCCCUGAGUGGCAGAAGCACUGAAGAAGUAAAACCUGUAGAUCAAAACUUGGAGCAAACUGGAAAACCUGCUGUCUGCAUUCACCAAGAUAUAAGUGAUGAUCAUGUUGAAGAUGUCUCAGGAAUUCAGCAUUUGACAAGUGAUUCAGACAGUGAAGUUUACUGUGAUUCUAUGGAACAACUUGGCCAGGAAGAGUCUUUAGAUAUCUUUACAUCAAACAAUGGACCAUAUCGAUAUUACUUGGGUGGUGAUCCCAAUAAGCCCUUGGAAAAUUCUGGUUUUCCUGAAGAUGUUCAAAUUUCUCCUGGAAAUGGCAACAUUGGGGAGAUGCAGGUGGCACCAGUCGAAGGAAAAGGUGAAGUAAAGCAUGGAGGAGAAGAUGGCAGAAGUAACAGUGGUGCGCCACACCCUGAGAAACGGGGUGGAGAAAAUGAGGAAUUCUCUAAUGUCAGAAGAGGGAGAGGACAUAGGAUGCAACAUUUGAGCGAAGGAUCCAAGGGUCGGCAAAUGGGAAGUGGAGGUGAUGGAGAACGCUGGGGUUCAGAUAGAGGAACAAGAGGCAGCCUCAAUGAGCAGAUUGCUCUUGUGCUCAUGCGGCUGCAGGAGGACAUGCAGAAUGUCCUUCAGAGACUUCAUAAACUGGAAACACUAACAGCUUCGCAGGCAAAAUCAUCAACAUUACAGACUAGUAAUCUGCCUUCCUCACAGAGAUCAUCGUGGUGGCCCUUUGAGAUGUCUCCUGGUGCAUUAACCUUUGCUAUCAUAUGGCCUUUUAUUGCCCAGUGGUUGGUGUAUUUAUAUUAUCAAAGAAGGAGAAGAAAACUGAACUGAAGAAAAUGGUAUUUUACUCAAGAAGACUACUAGGCCUGGAUGACCUUGGAAGGAAAUGGAUUGUGGAGCUAACAAGAAAAUCCUAGUUUGUGAUUAUUACAUUGCUUUUUGUUGUCUAAUACUUUGGUUUGUGUAUAUAUAUAUAUACAUAUAUAUUUUGCACUACACAAUGAUAACAUUUUAAGGACUAAUUUUGCUGAUACUUGAAUAAUCAAUCUCAACUAGAUUAUAAGCAUACAUAGAUUUCCCCUACCCUUGAACUUGAAGGACAUUAAAUUAUUAAUUAUUGUUUGGUAACAUGUUUACCUGAUUAUCUCCCAUAGAGAAAUAUAAGCUGCUUAGGUACAGUUGUUGUAAUGAUAUUAGAUUUAUAACUGGGUAUUUUUAAUUUUCUAAAUUAAAUAUGAGAAAUAAUGCAAACCAGAAGUAAAUUUCAAGUAGAUUAAAUUGACUUUAUAUCUUAGUCACUGAAUUGCUAUGUCAAGAAGUAGAAAACUUCUAUGAUCUUUGUUGGGUAUUCACAGCUCUGACUUUAGUGUUCAAACAACAUUAUUAUAAACUAGAGUCCUAUAUAAGAGGCUUAGUUUUUACAAAUGAUUCACAGAAUAGAAAUAACUUACUGAUGGGAAAGAUGAAGAAUGGGCUUAAGGUAUGAAAGUUUAUUCUGAGCCUGCAGAUCAUUAAUAAGAUUAUUAUUAAAUCCUAUACAUUUAUUCCUUUGUAAUCAUUUGUCUUUAACUGAGUAUAUCUUGUCUCUGCUUCACCAGGUGCUUUGAAAUAUAAAAUGAAAGACCUUAUUUAUACUGUUUUUACAAAGGUCAAAAAGGAUACACAUGAAAAUUAUUUUUCUGCAGCUGGUAAACUACCCAGCCUGGACUCUUAACCUUUUAGUGCCUCAGUUUUUCAUCGGGGUAUAAUAUUUGAGAGAUGCCUGUUUCAUAGGGAUAUUAACAGGAUCUGUAAGCUAAGAGGCUAUGUACUUCCAUAUGAAUAAGGCAUACCUAAUUAAUAUAAAUUUCAGUUUCUCUCCUCUACCUCUCACAUUUAAACUAGAAAGAAGACUGUAAUUUUGAUCUUUGACGGCUUUGUUUGGAAUUAAAAAAUAAUUUUUUAAUUGAUUUCAGAAAGAGGGAGGGAGAGGGAGAGAUAGAUACAUCAAUAAUGAGAGAGAAUCAUUGAUCCACUGCCUCCUGCACGCCCUCGACCAGGGAUAGAGCCAGAAACCCGGACAUAUGCCCUGACCGGGAAUUGAACCAUGACCUCCUGGUUCAUAUGUCAACACUCAACCACUGAGCCACACUGGCUAGGUUGGACUUAUUUUUCCUGUCUAUCUGCUUAUUUAGAUGUACUUUGUACUUUAAAGGUAUCUCUGAUUUAAAUGUUUAGUAGCAAAUGUUUUAAGCAUUCUUGGUAUGUAUGAUAUUGGAUUUAGCAUCAUGUGUUCAGAGUGUUUGCAAUAAGAGAGAAAGUAAUACAUCUCUUUUAUGGAGGGUGGUUCUUCGUUUGCCUGAAGAAAAAUGUAUAAGAAUACAAUUUGCUUUUCCCAAGACUCUUUUUUUCCUUAUAUUUUCCUUUCAUGUAACUUGAUGUUUUUUAUUUUUUAAUCCCAUCUUAAUUAAAAUGUGUCCCUAGAGAGGGAUCUACUAA